GGUGCCAGGUGGACUGGAAGGGGCGGAGGUAACCAGAAGCGGCCAGUGGUGGCGGCCCGCGCUCCCCCACCCCCUCCACGCAGCGCUCGCGACACGCGUGCCGGGAGAGGGCGCGAGCGGCGGGUCCAGCUGCAUUCUGAGCCCGGGCACUGUUGCCAUCUGCUCUGCGAAACGCAUAGGAGUCCCCGCCGCGCUCAGUUCGAAGUCGGCCACCAUGGAGGCGCAGGCACAAGGUUUGUUGGAGACUGAACCGCUGCACGGAAGAGAUGAAGAUGCAGUAGCCAGUGCUGACUUCUCCAGCACGCUCUCUGAGGAGGAAAAGGAAGAGUUAAAGGCAGAAUUAGUUCAGCUAGAAGACGAAAUUACAACAUUACGACAAGUUUUAUCAGCAAAAGAAAGGCAUCUGGUUGAGAUCAAGCAAAAACUUGGCAUGAACCUGAUGAAUGAAUUAAAACAGAACUUCAGUAAAAGCUGGCAUGACAUGCAGACUACUACUGCGUACAAAAAAACACAUGAAACCCUGAGUCAUGCAGGGCAGAAGGCAACUGCGGCUUUCAGCAAUGUGGGGACGGCCAUCAGCAAGAAGUUUGGAGACAUGAGGAAUUCUCCUACUUUCAAAUCAUUUGAGGAGAGGGUUGAGACAACUGUCACAAGCCUUAAGACGAAAGUAGGCGGGACGAACCCCAGCGGAGGCAGUUUUGAGGAGGUCCUGAGCUCCACGGCGCAUGCCAGCGCCCAGAGCUCGGCGGGAGGCCCCCGGCGGGCCGAGGAGGAGGAGCUGCAGUGCUAGGUCCAGCCAGCCUGUCGCAGCGCCCACGAGCCGGCCACUGCCCAGCCCAUCGCCGCCCGCGCAUAUCCAGAUAUGAAGACCAAAAUCCAACUGGGAAAACCGAGGCCUUGACGUGGUUAUUCAAAUGGCCUCUCCAGAAAGUUUAAUGAAAUGAUUUCCAUUUGUAUUUGUGUUGAUGAUGGACCAGUUGACCAUCACACUUCCAUAUUCAUAAAUUGUCAUCUUUUAAAAUGUCCCAACUUGAGCAGGUAUGCAGUUGGUCACAACUCUUGUCUGUGUAUUUCAACGUCUAUUUUCCAAACGUGUAGCUAUUAUUCGCUUUGAUUUUUGCUUGGCCUCCUUUACCAUGUGCAUGUCCCUGAAGACUGAGUCCCUCAGUUCAUUCAGAUCAACAGGAUGGAGCUCUUCAUGACUGUCUCCAGCAAUAAUAGGAUGACUUACUGCAGCUGUCAUCAAACUACUUGUGAUCUCCCUCAUCUACAUCAAUAAUGGAUGGUUAUUUAAGCAAUUAAAAUGAUUGAUUUUAAUGAUGA